AUGGAUAAAAUAACAAACAAUCCUCAAAAACCAGCAAUAGUAUCUGAUAUUACAUUGGCUAAUAGCAGAACGAAUAGAGGUCAAGGUAGAAAGAGUGACUCUUAUCUCAACAUUGAAGAGUUUAGAAUCGUUGCUGAGAGAAAGUUACCUCGUAUGGUUUAUGAUUACUAUGCUUCUGGUUCUGAUAAUCAAAUUACAUUAGGAGAGAAUGUAAAUUUUUAUAGUAGAAUUAAACUUACACCAAGAUGUUUGGUUGAUGUAUCAAAUAUUAAUACAAAGACAUCUGUAUUUGGUAUCCCUCUUUCAUUCCCUGUUAUGAUUGCGCCAACAGCAAUGCAAAAGAUGGCACAUCCAAAUGGAGAGAUUGAUACAUGUUUGGCAGCAAGAGAUAUGGGAACAUUGAUGACAUUGAGUAGUUUGGCAACUACCAGUGUUGAGGAUCUUGGAAAGGCAUCGGGAGGUAACCCUGGAUGGUUCCAACUCUAUGUGUUUAAAGACCGUUCCAUCUCUGAGAAAUUGGUAAAACGUGCUGAAAUGGCUGGAUUCAAAGCUAUCCUUUUGACAAUCGAUACACCAUUCCUUGGUCGUCGUGAAAGUGACUAUCGCAAUGAAUUCUCUCUGCCAACAGGCUUGCAAUUGAGAAACUUUACCGACUUGCCAUUAGCAGACAUUCAAGGUGGAUUGAACAAAUACAUGGCUACAAUGAUCGACAGCUCAUUGACAUGGAACGAUUUGGCAUGGUUGAAAUCAAUCACCAAACUACCAGUCAUUGUAAAAGGUGUAAUGUGUCCACAAGACGCAUUGUUGGCAGUAAAGUAUGGUGCCGAUGGUAUCAUUGUGAGUAAUCAUGGUGCGAGACAAUUGGAUACUAGUCCGUCGACCAUUGAAGUACUUCCAUAUGUUGUACGUGCUGUUGGUGGUCGUAUUCCCGUUAUUGUAGAUGGUGGUGUUCGUCGUGGAACAGAUAUAUUAAAGGCAUUGGCCUAUGGCGCAUGUGCCGUUAUGAUUGGUCGUCCUGUUCUAUGGGGUCUUGCAGCCGACGGUUAUGAUGGUGUUCUCAAAGUACUCCAACUUCUUCGUGAUGAAUUGGUUUUAUCUAUGGCAUUGGCUGGUGUCAACUCUAUAUCAAAAAUUGAUGAAUCUUUAAUUUGGAGUAGUCCAAAUUCUCUACCCCGUCCAAAACUUUAA